CUGGAGCCCUCUUCCCUCCCGUUCCCCAUCACAACUCAACUGCCUGCGCCUUCUUACCCAGGGUUCGUAGCAUUCCCCUCCACGUCAACUCCGAGUUUGGGUUCUCGAGCCCGAAGUAUUACUUGCCCGUCCCGUGCAAACUUUUGAUUAUCAAACCUUCAAGAUUGGUUACUCUCUCUAACAUUGUGGGUCUAGUAUGAGCGUACGUCAUACGUCUGCCUGGGCCGUCGUCAUGCUCUGCUAAGGUGAGCGUCCCAUAUGUGCGCGAUCGCAGUUACCGGUAUUGUGAGAUAGACUAUGGUAUCUAACGUAAGCUAGGGGAGUUUGCGGGGUUUAGUCUUUUUCCGGUGGAUGGAUUGGUGCUGUACCGUACUCGAGCACCGGUAUGGUAUCAUACUCGGAUUGAUGUGUUGCAUGCGGCGCGGAGCACGAGUAGAGUGGGGGUUGGGUUGGAUGUGGCUGUGCGGGUGUGUGGGUUGUGGUCGGAUGUGGCCGGUCGGGUCUUGAGCAGGGCCUUGCUCGGGUUCGGCUGGAGGGGUCCUAGAUUGGGGUGUGAGUGCUCGAAUACGGUUUACUGUACCGGUACGGUAGUGAUGACGGGUAGGUGCUCAUACAAGUGCUGUAUCAUACCACCACUACCGUUUCCUGCUCCACUCUUCUCUGGUAGUGGUUCGGGGGAGGUUUUUUUUUCCGGGUUACCGGUAUCUGGCAAUGGGAUCAUACCUGUACAUGGCAAUGGGAUCAUACCUGUACCAGUACAAUGCUAGGACUGGCACCGCCCCAUCUUGCGUUUAUGGGGUUCGGGCUCUUCCGACAGGGGUUAGGCUGUGUGCCAAUCUCGGGAUUCCGGUGCGGUACUGUCGGUACUGUAGUACUGGCAUUGUACCCGGACUCGCGAAAAGCACCAAUUCAUGUGCUUUGCCCAUUCACUCUCGCCGUGAGGCUGGCGAGAAUGCUGGCAGCGACGGGGCUCUUGAUACUGUAACUCGAGCGGAUAUCUCGGUGAUGAACGCUCACACUAAGGAUCGGUAUAUUCUCAAUGAAGCGAAUCUGCCAGUUUGUCCACUUCAAAAUACCUGUACGAGUACUUUGACCCCCGACUGGGAACGGGUUGUGG